AUGUGGUACGCGAAAAAGUAUGAUCCUCUUCAAGCGGGAAGUAUCGAUGGUACAGAUACUGUACCACACGAUCAUGGAAUUUUACGUGCACAGAACUCAAAUUAUAUACCCCCUUCUCAUAAAGACGAUGUCACUAAUGAUCCAUUUCAUACAAUAUUUGUUGGACGAUUAAAUCCGGAAACUACUGAAGGCAAGUGA